AUGAUCUUUGAUCCAUUUUUAAUGCAAAGCUAUUUCGGAUGGCUGAUUGGUCUAUCUGCUAUGGUUCGAAAAACAAAAGUCUCAAAUAUUCUAAAAAUCAUAUUUAAUAUUGGUGGACUGCUUAGAAAUAUAGGACAACUAUGGUUUAUAGCAGUUCCAGUUCAUGUAACAAUCACCGAGUGUAAACUAGCAAGCUAUUUCUUACCAAUAGCAAAUGUAAUUUAUAAAAGUGCUUUGGUUGCAUUCUUGUUGUGGCGAUUAAGACAAAUCGAAAGCAUAAAAUUGGAUGUAUGGGUAGGAUCAAUAUUAUUUAUUGGUAGAUUUCUCUUUCAUUUAGCACCACCAAUAGUUGGAAUUGAGUCUACUGUUAAUUAUGAUGUAGGAAAUGAAUCAUUUAGGUGUUCAUCUGAUAUUGAACAUAACAAAGUUUCAAUAAUUGGAGCCCUUGUAUUUGAUACAGGACACUCAAAAGGAAGUUUAUUUACAACAGUCAUGUAUUGGAAUUUUAUUAGAGUAUUUUUGGCAAUUAUUUCUGAUGUAAUUGUCUUAUCAUAUACAUUACUUGGAUUUUACGGAGAUAAUGAUCUGGAUCAUGCGUUUAUUGAAGGCAAUAUACAAACUGUAUUAUACAUAUGUUUAUCAUAUUUUAUAACUGCUGAUGUAGAAAUUGUCAAAGUGGUUGAAAGUAAAAAAAAAGUUCCUAGUGGCUCAGCUAGAAAUGAUAUCUCGACUAAAGGAAGCAUGUCAGAGAUUUCAUUAAGCAAUCGUACAUCCAGCCAGAGUCUAGCAUCAGUUCAAUUCGCUUCUAAACAUUAUGAAUUAUCAGAAGCCGAGCAAAAAAAUUCUAAUGAUAUAGAUGAAGGUAAAGUUGCCAUUGUGUCGAUGAAGAAGUUAUCAUUUACCGAGUGCGCAAACUUAGUAAUAGAUGGCCGACCUACCAAAGAAAAUAAUAAAGAUACCGAUGAUGAUAAAGAGUUAUAUGAUAAUGAAGGAAACAAAAUAGACAUAGAAGUGAUUGACGAAGAAGUUACAGAUAAUAAUUUCGGAUUAAUUAAAGCUAUAUCUCAAAUUUGGCAAUUAGUAGUACCAAAUGAUGUGACAGAAGGCCAAUGUAUUGCAUUAACAAGUUUAGUUGUCACAGGAAUUUUUAUUUACAGAACUGCAUUGCAAGGAUUUUUAUUAUGGCGACUAAAGGGCAUUGAUAAUAAAAAAAUAGAUUUAUGGAUUGGCUCCACGCUAUUUACUGCAAGAAUUGCUCAAUUUUUCCAAAUAAAACCAGAAGCACUUUAUGAUCCCGAAGAAGAUGCCCAUUUUUGUAGUCAGGGAUUAGAUCUAGCUAGGACCCAAGUAUUAGGAUACAUAUCAACUGAUUUAUUAAUUGAAUGUUAUGUGACGUUUCGUUUUUUGCAAAUUUUAACCAAGGCAAAUGAAACUGCAUUACUUCUGGCGGGUGAAUCGAGGGAAAAAAAAAGAAGAACUUUGUUUACUGCAAUCAUCUACUGGAACUUUUUAAGAUUAUUUCUUGCAAUUAGUCAAAGUGCAAUGUUCGUAGGUUGGACAAUAUCUGGAAUCUAUAGGAGCAACGACAAAGAGUUGGCCAGUUAUAUAAACAAUACGCAGAUAUUACUUCUAAUAGGAUUGUCAUAUGCAAUAACUAUUGAUGCGGAGAUAGUGAGAGUAAUUGAAGGUAGAAGGCCAUCAAUCAUUUCCAAAUCAUUCAAAGGUGUAUCACGAUCUUCUAGAAAUCCACAGGUUCCUAAUAAAAAUAGCCAAUCAUUUCGAACAUCAUCUAGUGAGGCUUCAAACAAUGCAAUAACAGUAGUUGAAUCAUUUGAUAAUACUGAUUAUGAUAAAAUUAUUUUUAAAGAAGAAAAUCAAAAUCCAUCAGUUAAUAAAGGUUCAUCAUUUUACGAGUGGGGAAAAGUUGUGACAGAUGAAAAAUCUACCAAAGAAUACGAUGACUUAAUAAUAAACGAAGAUGAAACAAAAGAACCUUCUGUUAAUAUUACCAGUAAUGAUGCUAUAAUUACUCAUGAAGAUCAAGGGAUAGUAAAUGAAGGUGAACCUUCUGUCAAUAUUACUAGUAAUGAUGCUAUAAUUAAUCAGGAAGAUCAAGGGAUAGUAAAUGAAGGUGAAACAAAAGAACCUUCUGUCAAUAUUACUAGUAACGAUGCUAUAAUUAUUCGAGAAGAUCAAGGGAUAGUAAAUGAAGGUGAAAUAAAAGAACCUUCUGUUAAUAUUACUAGUAACGAUGCUACAAUUAUUCGAGAAGAUCAAGGGAUAGUAAAUGAAGGCGAGACAAAAGAAUCUUCUGUCAAUAUUACUAGUAAUGAUGCUAUAAUUGUUCGUGAAGAUCAAGGAAUAGUAAAUGAAGGUGAGACAAAAGAACCUUCUGUAAAUACUACUAAUAAUGAUGCUAUAAUUAUUCGUGAAGAUCAAGGGAUAGUAAAUGAAGGUGAAACAAAAGAACCUUCUGUCAAUACUACUAGUAAUAAUGAUGCUAUAAUUAAUCAAGAGAAUAGUGCAAUAAAUAAAACUAGUGAAUCAACUGAUAUUGUAUAA